AGACGAUGUAUGUUCAGUCUGCAAAAUUCCAAAUCGUCUUUAGUUUGCUUAGAGAAUCCACAAAUAAUUAUUAGCUUACCAAACAAGAACGAAAGAAGAAAACAAUCGACAUAUAUAUAUAUGUACAAAGUGUUGAUAUAUAUAUAUAUAUAUAUAUAUAUAGCGUGUAUCUAUGGUGAAGAAUUGUAGCAAUUACAAUUAUUGAUCAUAGAUUUCCGAUAACUGAUCAUGGGCCAGACACUAUCGGAACCGGUGACCACCAAGGACUCGUCGCGCUGCUCCAACACCUUAUACUUAGUGGGCAGCAGCUGCAUGCAGGGCUGGCGCGUCGAAAUGGAGGAUGCCCACACACAUAUUCUAUCCCUGCCCGACGAUCCCAAUACGGCCUUCUUCGGAGUCUACGACGGCCAUGGCGGUGCGGCUGUGGCCAAGUUUGCGGGCAAGCACUUGCACAAGUUCAUUACCAAGCGGCCGGAAUACUUUGGCAGCUCCAUCGAAUUGGCCAUGAAGCGCGCCUUCCUCGACUUCGACCGCGAGAUGCUGCACAACGGCGGCUGGGGCGAGCAGAUGGCCGGCUCCACGGCCUGCGUGGUGCUGAUCAAGAAUCGGCGCCUCUACUGUGCCAAUGCCGGCGACUCGCGAGCCAUUGCCAGUGUGGGGGGCGCGACGAUCGCCCUCUCCGUGGACCACAAGCCCUCUAACGAAACGGAGGUGAAGCGCAUUCUGGCCGGCGGCGGUCGCAUCGAGAACAAUCGCGUCAACGGCAACUUGGCCCUGUCCCGUGCGCUGGGCGACUUCAUGUACAAGCGAAAUACCAGCAAGAAGCCGGAGGAGCAGAUUGUUACCGCUAAUCCGGACGUGACGACCUGCGAUAUCGACGACACUUGGGAGUUCAUUCUGUUGGCCUGUGACGGCAUAUGGGAUGUGAUGAACUCCCAACAGGUGGGUGACUUUGUGCGCGAACGCAUCGGAUUCGGCAUGCAGCCAGACGUGAUCUGUGAGGAGCUGAUGACCUACUGCCUGGCACCGAAUGCCUACAAUUAUGGACUGGGCGGCGACAAUAUGACCGUUAUACUCGUGUGCAUGCUGCACGACAAACCCUACGAGGAGCUGAGGGUGCGCUGCGGCUUCAAGGCAGGUGGCGUCGGCGAUGCUCUUCCAGUCCUAAAGUAUCAAUUGCCGAGACCUAUCAACAGUCGUCACCUGGGGAGUGCCUGAGUUGGCGUCUUUGGAUCUGAGAUUUGCAGACGUUUUUUUUUUUCAUUUUUGUUAAUCGUUGAUGACAUAUUUUUGGCAUAUCGCAUACCACUCCAAGUUUCAUC